UGGUCAUGGCGGCGGCGGCCAAGGAGGAGGAGGACGUGGACAAGGACAACAACGUGGAUGUGGCGGCGACCGAGGGCCGGGUGCGGGCUUGGGCGGCGGCGCAGGCGGCACGCGGGCGGCGCGUGGCACUGGUGACGUCGGGCGGGACGCAGGUGCCGCUGGAGGCUCGCGCCGUGCGCUUCCUGGAGAACUUCAGUAGCGGUCGGCGCGGGGCUGCCUCAGCCGAGCGGCUCGUGCGGGCGGGUUACGGCGUGUGCUUCCUGCACCGCGCCCGUUCCGUCUUCCCCUGGGCCCGCGCCCUACCGCCGCACGGGCCUGCGCUACUCGACGCGCUCCGCCUCAUCCCGGGGCCGCCGCCCGGCGUGACCGCCGCCCCCGCCGCGCUGCCUACGCUGCUGCCCGCGCUCCGCGAGUACCAACGAGCCACGGCGGCGGGCGCGCUGCUCGCCAUCGAGUUCACGGGCCUCGUUGAAUACCUGGCGCUGCUGCGCGCAGCCGCCCGAGCCCUGGCGCCCCUCGGCUCCAGUGUCAUGUUCUAUCUGUCAGCCGCCGUGUCAGAUUUCUACAUCCCGGUCUCCGAGAUGCCAGAGCACAAGAUCCAGUCCUCGGAGGGGCCUCUGCAGGGUCCUUCUCCUGAGAACUGGCUGUGGAUAAAACCUGGGAAAGCUGCAAAACAGUGGCUCGUGUGUGUUGUCAGAGGGAACAUGCGGAUCACAAUGAAGAUGGUGCCAAAGAUGCUGUCACCCCUGGUCAGAGACUGGGCCCCUGAGGCCUUUGUGAUUUCCUUCAAACUGGAGACAGAUCCCCAGAUCCUCCUGGAUAAAUCUCGACAGGCUCUGGAGAAAUACCAGCACCAGGUGGUGGUGGCCAAUGUCCUGGAAUCCCGGAGAACCUCUGUCAUCAUUGUCACCAGGGACUCACAGACUCCCUUAUCCCUCUCCGAUGAGGAAGUAGCACAAGGCAUGGAAAUCGAGGAGAAGAUUGUGAGUUACCUGCAGGGCCAGCACACAGCUUUUAUAGAGAAAAAAGGCUGAAGAGCAGCUCAGAGGAAGCAAGAGAAUUGUGCUGCAGAGGGAGUGGGACCAGAGCGAUUGUCUGUCCAGGGAAAUAAACCAAUCCCUGCGGAACACUAAGGAGGGCUGUUGAACACUCUGUCACUUUUAUACAGCUUGGCCACGGCUAUUGCAGCUUUGUAAAAGAGAAAUACAUAGAAGUGAAACCAU